GUUCUUCAUUUCUCAAAAGCAUUCAGAGGUUUUUUUGAAGAGGUUUCUGUUUCUCAGAGUCCUCUCAUUAAAGGAAGGCAGAUUGAGUCAUGAUUUGUCACAGGCUGAUGCUUUUUGUUUCCUCUUUGAUAUUUUGCUCUAAGUCUCUGUCAGACAUGUUAUGAAUUACUGGAUGACUUUUGCGAUGUUUUACUGUGUAAAACCUCCAGUUUCUGGGGUGUGGAAGUGCUCAUUCGCUCUGUUAUAACUGCUAUCAGAGAUGCUGGAGUUUAUCACAUUCUUUCCAUUCCCCAUUUAGAGACUCAGCCAGCACUCCCACAUGCCUAGGAACCUCUGUCUCUCUCUCUCUCUCUUACACACACACACACACACACACACACACACACACCCACCCACCCACCAGUGGACGUAUUUAUCAGUUUCUGGACUUGAGAGACGCUUAGUGCGCAGACUGAGUUUAUUACAGAGGGGUGCAGCUCACCGCUCGGUGCUAAUGCAACUUCUUCUAAGAGUUGGAGAAACAUGUUGAGUUGACUAAAGCACUAAAGACGUCAGUUUCCUGUAAGAUAACAUUUCUGGCUUCCUGUAUUUUUCAGCUGAAGCUAUCGUCAUCCCCUCCACUCCCAGCCUCUUUAUUUUUCCUUUUAAACUUUGCUCAGCAUAUUUUUAAUGUGUGAAGCUGUAGUGUUUCCUCUGUUUCCUCUCUCGCCUGUAAGAAGACUGUAAGAGCAGAAAGUAGAUAAGCAAGAGCAGGAUGUAAAAGGAGAUGAAGAUUGUGACCCUGAGCUUUGUGUUCAGGGGCAUGAAGGCAAAGACUUCAUUAAAAAGGGAUUAUUUGGCACUCUGACGCUGAAAGAUAAAGUUUCCCCUCCUGAGUCUUUGCCCUCGUUCCAACUCUCUCUUUCUGUCUGCCUCUCGCUGCAGCUGUGUUGAGAGAAGCUCAGAGGAGAGCCCAGAUCCUGUCGUGGGUAAAUCCCCCGCCGUCGACACUCGUAGCUGCCCUGUAGAGUGGCACAGCGUUCACAUCCUCUUGCUCCUCAUGUUCCUGGGAGCUGAGUGGAGGGCAGGGCGAGGAGACGCAGCCUGCCGGCCAGAGUCACAAGCACCAUGAUUGGGAUGGGGCUGCACAGGAGGCUGCUUUUUGCCAUGCUCACGGUCUCGUGCGUCCUUAUUGUCUACAUUCUGGCUUUGACCCUGGAGAGGCCUCUGGUGCCUCUCUACGACUUCAUACAGAGGGCGAGCGGCAUCUCAUCCGAGGAGCCUCUCAACGGGCCGAGCAACAAUACCCACUUGACCUUCCUGCCCCCAGUGCCCAGCUCGCAUCCAGACAGGGAUGUAGGGAAUUUGUUCCUAAAGCAUCACAAAGUGCAAAAGCAAGACCUGGAUAAGGAGACAUCCAAGUCCAGAUCUGAUGAUGCCAAUAAUAAAACCAGGGUCGAUACCAAACGGCCUACAGUGAAGCCUGCUCGGCCAGCCAAACCUACGGACCCUCCCUUCAUAGGAGACUCGUACAUGAGCGAAGACGUCCCUCCGCAGACGGGCUGUCCGGACAGCAUCCGAAGUCGGGUGGGGAAAACUGAAUUUGGAGAGCGAUUUCUGGAAAGUAUUCCAGUUUUGCAGUGGGCCAAACACGUGACACCCGAACAGCACCGGCGUCUGAGCCAUUAUCCUGGAGCACAUGGCUGGGGAGGGAUCGAUUACGACACACUGGUGGAAACACUCUCUGUCCUCAACUCACCUGCUAACUGGCAGAUGUUGGACAACUGGAAGGCUCCUGGCAAUAAGUCGGCGUGCAGUCGCUGUGCAGUGGUGGGGAAUGGAGGGAUACUGAAGAACUCCCAGAAAGGGAAGGAGAUCGACAGCCAUCACUAUGUCUUCAGGACCAACGGGGCAAUCAUUAAGGGCUUUGAGGAGGACGUAGGGUCUCGGACCACCCACUACACGUUCUCCACAAACACGCUGAUGAAUUCCAUGUUGAGCUACGCAGGUGUCGGGUACAGACGACCCCCCGUGUCUAAGGAAACGCGGUACAUUUUCCUGCCGGAUCACGACCGAGAUUACCUGCUGAUGAAAGCGGCGGCGACGCACACCCUGGUGGACAGGGGGCGUGAGAAGGGCAAAAAUCCAGUGAAGUACUUUGGUGAGGGCGUGUCAGCAGAGAAGUUGAAGAUGUACCAUCCUGAUUUCAUCCGUUACCUCAGAAACAGAUUCCUCAGAUCCAGCACUCUGAAAACCAGAUUCAAAGACAUCUACCGUCCAUCAACCGGUGCCACGAUGCUGCUGGCGGCGCUGCACACCUGCGAUCAGGUAAGUGCGUACGGCUUCAUGACCCCAGACUACAAGAAAUACUCAGACCACUAUUACGACAAAAACUAUCACCCUGUGGGCUUCUUCGCCAACCACGACCUGCGUAUGGAGAUGAAUCUGUGGCAGCAGCUGCACAAGGCCGGCCUCGUACGGCUCUACAUGCGCAACUAAACGAGGAUGAUGAGAAAUUUCAUCACUCCAUCUGCACGCGGCUCACCAGCAUAGUCACAGGGAGACGGGAUGUGCAGAAACGUGGGACUGUGCCUGUCUCAAAAUGACACUUCACAACUUUCUGAAAUAAACGCAAAACCAGAUGAUUUAUUUUCAUGAAGGAAAUGAUGAUAAAUUUGAUUUCUAAAAGACAGCUGCUGUUAUUGUUCAGCAGAGAGGUCACAGUUAUGGGUCUAUUAUUUGUUUUGCCUCUUUUUAAAGGAAUCUUUCUGUGCUGGGAAGCAUUAUUCUGGUGACUGGUUGGAAAAUGGAUCUUAUGUUAAUUUAAAAGAAAGAAACGAUUUUUGGAUUAAAGGGCCUGCUGGUCUGGACCACACAAUCCUGUGACGGUAAAUCCAAACGGUGUAAACUGUGAGUCACAAUCUCUAAGAUACUGUCAGACUGUUAAGAUGCUUUCAACAACCUCAAAGGGGAGCCCUUCUCCUCCUGCUCCUCCUCAUCUUCUGUCAUACACGGGCUCUUCCAGUGUUUCACUUACCUGCUGGUUAAACCAUCUGUUUAUGAGGGGCAACCAAUAAGAAGAAAGGUGGCUCGAAGGAAGCUAACGUGGUUCAUUUCAAACAGAGAAUAAACUGAGGGGCUGCACCAGUGUAAGAUUUACUUUGAACUGUGCUACUCUGGUAGAGUUCAAAAUCAUGACUGUAAAUCUGGGAAUCGGCAGAAUUUAUCAGCUUUAGUUGGAGUUGAAACACUCCAGAUAUGCUAUUUUUUUUUUUAAAGUGUUAUUUCCUCUCUUUGAAUAGAUGGGCACAGAUUCUUGUCUAGUUAAAGAGGGAACUGAUUUGCUAUUGUAAAAGUUUGAUUGUUUUAAAAUUAUUUCAUUAUCUCUGCAGACAAUCUGUGGUGAUUUAUGGUAAUAUUUGGCUUUCCUGUGAACCUUUCUGCUGCUGCUACAAGCUGAACUGGAAAUUGUCCCUUCUGUCUUGUUAUGUAUUUAUUUUUAAACCAGCAAACCACCAAAAAGUUGUUUACUCUGAGAACUUUAGAUCGUAUCAUACGAUCGGUCUCUGGCAAAGCUCAAGUCAUUAUUGUUUGACACAGCGAGACCGCUCUCGAGUUGGCAACGUGCUUCAAAUAUCCCGUCCCCGCCCUAAGUGAGCGGCCAGAGCACUGCUGGCAGUGACCACGGCCCAUUUUUUAUGAGUUUUCUUUUUUUCUGUGUGAGUUUACUGUGGAAUGAAAAGGGAAAUAAUUCACUGACUGUGACUUUAAAGCUCACAAACAAAUUAAGUAUUUAGUUUAAGGGACGUAAUUUAUUCUCUUGUUUUAAACAUAUUUUAAUUUCUUUUUUUAACACUUAACUACACUUUGUGGCCUCUACUGGACUUUCAGUGCCUUCAAUGUGAAACAGCAGUUUGGGUUAAUUACUGUAAGAACUGAACUUUAUUGCCAGACUCCUUCAGCUCUGACUCAUCAGCUUCUAUCUCUGAAGUGACCGUGGGGGGUCUGCCCUCGACUACAUGGAUGUACUGUCUUCAAGCUUAAAGGGGAUUUUAUUGUAUUUUAUUAACAAUACUACAAGUUUGAAGUGGAAGGAAGGUAACCAAACCAAAAACGGUCACAUCAGGGAACGUGUGUAUUUAAAAAUUAGCCUUCUGUGUUAUUAAAUCAGUGCAGAAAAAGCAAUGCAAUAUUUCCAGCAUUUCUGCAAACUGUAGAGGGGAAGGAGACUUCUGGUUUAUAUACGGUGCAAUUAUUGAUUGUGAUUUUUAAAAAAAAAUUAAAUCCAUAUCUCAAUGA